GCGCGUAAAGAGCGUCAGCUUCAUAUGCAGAUGUACCCCGGCUGGUCAGCUCGGGACAACUAUGCGCAGAGCAAGGAACCGAAAAAGAAACGAAAGCGGGAUAAAAUCGCGGACAAUUCAGGAAUUCCUAUGAAAAAAUGCCGGGCCCGAUAUGGUUUGGAUCAGAAUGAGUUAUGGUGUAAGCCAUGCAAGCCUGAGGAGGCCAUUGACGGUGUCGACGACAACAUGCCGAUGUUUAGCAUGUCAGGUCAUGGGAACAUGGGGGACAUCACUCAGUCCCCUCCUCACAAUCUAGUCUCUAUCUCUGAGCCGCUGCUGGACUUACGGAACUACAGUCAGAUGAGCUGCAGCUUGAUCGGUACGGGUCUUGGCUCCAGCUGCUCAGGCGGCCAUGAAUCAGCUGAUCUCAGUGGUUUGAGUAGUGAUCCUACAGGACAAUCUCCAAAGUACAUUUGCCUCUAACAUCAAUAGACGAGAAAGAAAAAAUGUGUGUUUGCUGGAGGAGGUCUGGAGGGUUGGGAGGAUUCAAGUGAAACAGAAGGAUGUGAUUCUUCCACAAG